GCCACGUUUGUUCCGUGUUCCUAUCCGGCGUCUAUCCGGGAGCUGAACAAAGAAACUUGGGCGUGUAAUGCACCCCGUAGCCCCGGGAGAUGGACGCAGACGGCUUACACAGACAGCAUCCUAUAAGUCAUCCGGCUCUCUCGCACCGACCUGAGUGCUAUCCCGGGGACCUCGGCUGCCUGGAUUGCCAGGAACUGGAAGUUGACAUUGAAUCCAGGCUGAGGAUGGAAGGUGUGGAGCUCAAAGAAGAAUGGCAAGAUGAAGAUUUUCCAAUACCUUUACCAGAAGAUGACAGCAUUGAAGCAGAUAUACUAGAUGUAACUGGUCCAGACAGCCAACCUGGCUCAUUAGAAGUUAAUGGAAAUAAAGUACGUAAGAAACUAAUGGCUCCAGACAUCAGCCUGACCCUGGAUCCUAGUGAAGGCUCUGUGUGGUCGGAUGAUUUGGAUGAAGGUGGGGAGGUUGACCUAGACGGCUUAGACACCCCGUCAGAGAACAGUGAUGAAUUUGAGUGGGAAGACGAUCUUCCCAAACCCAAAACUACGGAAAUCAUUAGGAAAGGCUCAAUUGCUGAAUACACAGCCACGGAAGAAAAAGAGGAUGGUCGCCGCUGGCGCAUGUUCAGAAUUGGAGAUCAGGACCACAGGGUGGAUAUGAAGGCAAUCGAACCCUACAAAAAAGUUAUUAGCCAUGGAGGAUAUUAUGGGGAUGGUUUAAAUGCCAUUGUUGUGUUUGCUGUCUGUUUUAUGCCUGAAAGUGGUCAGCCUAACUAUAGAUAUCUGAUGGACAAUCUCUUUAAAUAUGUUAUUGGCACUUUAGAGCUGUUGGUAGCAGAGAACUACAUGAUCAUUUACUUAAACGGUGCAACAACUCGAAGGAAAAUGCCCAGUCUGGGAUGGCUGAGGAGAUGCUACCAGCAGAUUGAUAGACGAUUACGGAAAAACCUAAAGUCUCUGAUCAUUGUCCACCCCUCUUGGUUUAUCCGAACACUUCUAGCUGUUACAAGACCAUUUAUCAGUUCAAAAUUCAGUCAGAAAAUUAGAUACGUCUUUAAUUUGGCCGAACUCGCGGAACUUGUUCCCAUGGAGUAUGUUGGCAUACCAGAGUGCAUCAAACAGUAUGAAGAAGAAAAGUUUAAAAAGAGACAAAAAAGAGUUGAUCAAGAGCUUAAUGGAAAACAAGAACCACCAAACAGUGAGCAGUAGGUUCGGCGUCCUGUCCAGAUGAGACAAAGAGCGCCUGAGCAGUGGGGCUGUUGUGUGUCAUAGUGCAUUCAUGGCUCAAGUUUAUAUGUAAUCUGUUACAAAAUUUACUUGACUCCUUUCCAAAUGGACUCUUAUACAAGGGACUGUUCACUGCUGUAAUGGUUUGCAAUUCUUGAAUUUAGCUCUUUAACGACUAAUUGUAAUCAUUUUAUAUUGCUAAAUAGCAGAGAACUACACUUUAUAUAAAGCAAUUUUUGCAUUUGUUAAUUUGAUGCAUCUUCAGUAAAAUAUUUAUAUACAUAAAUGACAAAGGAAAGAAAUAAUAUAUAUUUUUAUGUUGGGGGCAAUAUUUUUUAGUGUGUACUUAUCUAGUGGAAGAUUGUACACACCAUUUUAAGUGUAAAGUGCAUGUAAGACUUGUUUUUGUAAAUGGUUGGAUACAUUUCCUGGGUAGCUUACGCUGAGUUGUCCUAAAGCAGGUAAACUGACUCGGAGUACCCAGGGUCAUGCACACACUAGUCAGUAGUAGCAGACCGGGCUACUCCUCACCUGAAAGCACAUAAUGUGGUGCCGGUGCAGGCAGGGGAAUGGCUCACUUUCCUCUCUAAAGACGUCUUAGAACCAGAUCCAGAGACUUUGAGAAGGUAGUGGUUGGGCUUUGUAUAUAUGUAUAUAAGGGACAUUUUAUUUUACCCAAAGUCAGAACUGUUUAUGGAAGAAAGGGAACUCUAAAGAUGUGUUCACUGAUGUGAACUGAGCUGUGUCCAUGUGUAUGAACCUGUGAGGUGUUGCAGAGGCUGCAGUGAGCAUUCAUGGCAGCUGCAUCUGUAGAGCAGAAGGGCUGCCAUUGAAAUGCUCUCACAGAGCACUUUACCAGAGUACUUCCUCAUCGGUUGUGAUCACAGUGCUAUUUGACCGACGCAGAGAGGUGUGACAGUGCUGUACACGGGCCAUUUCUGUAAGAAUGGGAGUACUGCUGGUGUGCGUGCACUCAGGAUGACAUUUACUGUACGGAAGCCCUUAUUUCAUGUGGUUAAGUACCUGGCUGAACACUGAAAUAAAUUGUAUUUGUGCCUCCAAGCAGGGUUUAGUUACCUACAAAAUCGUUCCAAAACAACAAAUUCAUCUAGUCUUGUGUCAUGAACUUGUCUGGCAUAUUUAGUUGCUGUAUCAGCUUCAAACCACCCAGCCUUUCCUAUAAGCUAUUUACAAGAGUGACCUAGCAAAGCAAAAUUGAAUCAGGUGUGAACUAAACUUAGAAGAUUAUUCCCUCCUGUCCUGAACACAUGACCUUCACUACUGUCAGUUUUUAGUGUUAAGCUUUUAUUACAAAAGGGAAUGUUUCUUUACUUCUUUGUCCUUCUCAGGCAUAAAUUUGACCUGCUAAAUUAAAGCCAGUUACUGUCAAGCUGGAGGACUCUGGGUAAAAUACUUCUCCACAGUCUCUCAGCUUGGAUCCAGCUCUUCAGUUAGAUCCUGUACUAGUGUCAUUGAAGUAAAUGAAUCGAAAACCACUUUGUGUUGGUGAAAGAAACUUUAAGAGUAGCUGUAUAGAGUGAGGCAUGGUGGCAUCCAUCUUUAAUCCCAGCACUUAGGAGACAGAGGCAGCGUGGACUAUAUAGCUCCAUAGACAUCCUUCUGAACUUACCCUUGGGUAGCUUGUAGGCUGAGCACUACCAUUGGUUUCUUCCUAAGUACUUGGAUCUUCAGUUUCAAAAUACAGACAGUAGCCUUUUAUUGUGUUUACUUUUUUUCAGAAGUUUUUUUUUUUGUAAAUUUUUAAAAAGUAGAAGUAGCCUAUAUUCAGUUAGAACAUUAAAGUUCAAGGGACUGGAGAUCUGGGUCAGUGAUUCCAAGAGCACUUCCAAGUUUAGUUCCCAGUGCUCAUAGCAGGCAGUUCAUGCCCACAUAUAAUUACAGCUCCAGAUGAUUCAAUGCACUCUUUGGCCUCUGGGCACCUGCAUACCAUGGUCACACACACACACACACACACACCUAAACCUUUUUUAAAAAAUGAAUAUUCAGAAAGGACAGCCAAGUAUCAUGGCAUACACCUUGAAUUCCAAGCACUAGGAAGUCUGAAACAGGAGAUUCUAAGUUUGAGGCUCAUCUAGGCUACAUAGCAAGCCCUUGACUCAAGGAAAAAAAGGGAACAGUGUUAACACUUGAAUCAUGGGGGAAAGCUGCUUUAACCUGUACUUGAAUGGCAUGUGGUAUAGGGAUGUGCCCACAAUAUAUGUAAACAUGCCUGUGAGACUGGGUUGAUUACUAGUAGGCUAGAGGAAAAGCUGUAUUAAGUUGAUUUUUAAUUGGUAACAAUAUAACAUCUUCCAUAUUUUAAUUUCCAUUACUAAUUGAGGUGAAAAUGCAUGGAAUAAUUCUUUGACUUUUUGCUGGGGUCAUGGAUAAACUUAACAAGUUUAAUUUAUGAUGUUUCGAUUACUAGCUUUGGCACUCUUCAGCUUCAAUAAAGACUUGGUUAUUACCUACAUGCCACCAAAAGUGUCCCUCUUAAGGGAAGUACUCUGUAUGGUAGUGGGUGGUUCCAUUUCCUGUAUCCACAAGGAAAGUAGAUGUCACAUAAGAUGUGGCUUGAGAAGGAAAUUGCCAAUGGCCCUUGUGAUGACAAUCUUGUUCUCUUACCCUUUCAUCUUCAGAGAGAAGUAGGUCUGAACAGUGGUGUAGUAGCUAGUAUCCAAGUUGACUGCCUUCUGUAUUUGGUAAACGUUAAUGUUGGCUUCGGUGCCAAGUGUCACGACUUAGUGUCACCAGCUCCUUGACAGUAUUCUUCCACAUCACUGCAGCCAUUUAUGUGCGUGCUCAGGGAAUUUGAAGAGGCAGUCUCAUGUAGAAGUGUUUAUUCUGUGCGGUGAACCAUUCAGUUGGGAAUUAGCACUAGAAUACUUGUGGUAGAGCAGGCCAGUUUCUUGAUAGAACAGGUAGAUUGUAUGAAAGGGGACAGUAGCUUUGGCCUUCUUUUUCCUGUGUUAUAAGUAGAAAAUUGUUGCCAUGGUGGUGGUACACACCUUUAAUCCCAGCACUCCAGGAGGCAGACGGAGUUCUCUUGCGUUCAAGGCCAGUCUGGUCCUCAGAGCAAGUUCUGAGACAUCAGGGGCUAUACAGAAAAAUCCUGUCUCAAAAAAAAAAAAAAAAAAAAAAAGGCAGGGGGAUAGAAAAUUAACAGUGUUGUACAGAGACAGUUGACUACAGAGGUGACACCCCAUUCUGCUUUGAUUUUUGUCAUGUGUGUCUCCCUCUACUCCUCCUGCCUCUGUAUUUAGAUAUUUCAGAAAUGGAUCUAUCAAGUCUCAGAGGGCUGAACUAAGAGGAAUCGGUAGACUUGCAGUCUACCAUUUGUGCUAGUGAGAGUUGCUAAGACCAUCAAGAAUGGGGUGACAGCAGGGCAUUGUCUGCCCAGUGUUCUAAACCAGUCCAAAACCACCUGUCCCAGGAGCCCUUCUCCUUGCGCUCCCCUUCUGAGAUUCUGAAUGAAUUCUGUCAGAAGGCCAAGUCAUGGAGGUCUAAAGUUCUAAACGGUAACAGAAAUAAAACAGUGUGGAACAGUAAGGGCUGACCACAAUCUGAACGGGACAUUUUAUUGCAAUUAUAUAUAUGUAAUGCUUGUGUACCCAAAUUUAAACUGCUAUGAGAAAUUCACAUAUAACACUUGAAAUCAAAUACUAGAUAAAAACCACAAGUUUUCAGGCCAAGCAUGAUGGCAUGUGCCUGUGAUUGCAGCACUCUGGAGGCUGAGGCAGGAGGAUUGAGAAUUUGGGGACAGCCGGGGUGGCUAUGCACAGUGAGACCUGCCCUGGGGGUGGGGUGGGGGAGAAUCUACACUUAAUGCAUUCAAAUUAGUAAAAAUGAUACUAAGCUGUUUGCUUCAGAUAGCUGUCUAAAGGUGGUGGCGGCACACGCCUUUAAUCCCAGCACUCAGAAUCUCUGUGAGAUUGAGACCAGCCUGGUCUGCAAGAGCUAGGUCAGGACAGCCUCCAAAGCCACAGAGAAACCCUAUCUUGGGAGGGGGGGGGGAGGAUGUGAAAGCUUUGGCAUUUGAAUUUUUGUGUAUUUGUAUAUUCAGUUUGCGGGACAAGAACUUGAAAACUGUCUGCUACUCCAUUGUACCUUUGUAUACAGACUUCGAAAAGGCUAAUGUUCUCCUAAGAGUUACUUGAUUGUUUACUAACUAGUAGAUAUAAUGUUCUGGGCUGCUGGCUUGUACAGCCUUGGGAUGCUGUUCACAAAAAGCACAAUUCCGAGUUCAUCAGACACUAUUGCACUUUGAAUCAUACUUCAAAGGUAUUUUCAUUACAAGCCCACAUGCUGUCAUUUAGACAGAAUUAACUUACUGUGACCUCUUUUGCUAUCUUGGAUUGUAUUUACUAGCCUAGUUCAUUUCGGUGAGAAUUCAGUCUGAUUGUUUUCAGCCUACAGCUUGUGGUUCUAGUCAAUGAGCAGCCCCUGAUCAGUAAAUGUGCUGUUUUCUCUUCUUUGAACUUGUUAUGAAUCCAGUGUGUGUCCUAAUUUGUUGCACAGAUUACUAUAACAUUAAUGCAUUUUAAUAAAUUAGUUGGAAUAUA